GGCGCUCCGCUCGCUGCUGCCAGAGCCCUAUAAAGAGAUUCCUCUGGUCCUCCCGCUCCACUUCUGUUUUGCAGCAAUGGCUACCACAGUGAAACUCGUCACCGGUACCGAAAUGCCCAUUUUGGGACUGGGCACAUGGAAGUCUCCACCUGGGAAGGUCUCGGAGGCAGUGAAAGCAGCCAUUUUGGCUGGUUACAGACACAUUGAUGGGGCGUUCGUCUAUCAGAACGAGACGGAGGUGGGUGAGGGGGUCAACGCCAUGAUCAAGGAUGGAGUGGUGAAGAGGGAAGAUCUCUUCAUUGUCAGUAAGCUGUGGUGCACUUUCCAUGAGAAGCCCCUGGUACGGAAAGCCUGUGAGAAGACUCUCAGUGAUCUCAACCUGGACUACUUAGACCUCUAUCUAAUGCACUGGCCCAUGGGUUUUCAGUCUGGUGGUGAUCUUUUUCCUUUGGACAGUAAUGGAGAAACGAUCCCUGAUAAUACUCACUUCCUGGAAACAUGGGAGGGAUUGGAAGAGCUCGUUGACGCUGGUUUGGUCAAAGCUAUCGGCAUCUCUAACUUCAACAAGGACCAGAUUGAAGCCCUUCUCAACAAGCCAGGCCUUAAGUACAAGCCUGCCAAUAACCAGAUUGAGUGCCACCCAUAUCUGACCCAGGAGAAGCUGAUCAACUACUGCCACUCUCAGGGCAUCACAGUGACAGCUUACAGCCCUCUCGGGUCCCCAGACAGACCCUGGGCUAAACCAGAAGACCCUUCACUUUUAGACAAUCCUACCAUUAAAGCCAUCGCUGAGAAGCACAAGAAGACAUCUGCUCAGGUCUUGAUCCGCUUCCACAUUCAGAGAAACGUGAUUGCGAUCCCUAAAUCCAUCACACCGCAGCGCAUUCAGGAGAAUUUCCAGGUGUUUGACUUUGAACUGACUGAAGAGGAAAUGAAAACGAUCUUAGGAUUCAACAGGAACUGGAGAGCCUGUCCAAUGCACUGGGGGAUACAUCACAAGGACUAUCCAUUCAACACUGAAAUCUAAAAUAAAAUGCUCCGACGGUCCACAGGUGCUCAAGGUUCUCCAGAUGCAUUUCUGUCAGAGCUUUUAAGGAAAUUUCAUUUGAGCUCAUUGUAUAUUUGUUCUGUUUUGUUGCGACUCAAAUUUAGCUGCCGAAGCUUGUUUUUUUUUUUGUUUUGUUUUUUUACGGUGUUAAUAAAUGAUGACUUUCACCUGCUUUUAACGUAACAGGUGUUUAUGAGAGUAAAAACUGGAAAGAUUGUAGCAUUACAUUUUGAAAUAAGGAAAAAUGUGUCUAAGAUAAACUUUUCCAAAUUAUAUGUCGUUAUAGUUUUAUAGAAGAAAAUAUGUGCUCCUUGUUUGCUUAUUUUAUAUUAGGCAGAAAAAUGAGGACUUUUGAUUACAUUAUAAAUGGUUUAUUUUAUUGCAAAAUUCUAAACACACGCCUCCAAAAUACAGAACAUGUUUACAUCAACCUCUGUGGCUGUGCACGGUCCUGUUAAAAAACACUUUGCUUUCACUUCCUGUUUUGUUUGUGUGUGAAGCGCUCCAUUAAAAUCCU